GAUGGUGCUUCCCUGCGUUGCGUGUGUACGUUAUUACAACCAGGCGAGGACGGCGUAGCGUAGGGUUGUACGCGCGCCGCGGGGGGCGCACGACGAGGAACGAGAGAACGCGCGCACGAAAGGGAGAGAGAAACAGUGAAAAGGAGGAGGGAUGCCCCGAAGGGGGGGCAGGGGAGGAGGAGGAGGAGAGAAGAUGAGUGAGAGAACGAGAGGGCCGAUCGAGAGGGUGAGAACAGCAGGGGGAGAACACGGAGCACACGGUACGGAGCAACCCCCAUUGCCUCGCCAGUGGUUCAGUCAGCGUUUCGCACCGGCAUCGCUCCGCUUCGCUUCGCUCCUCGCUCCUCGCUCCGGGAUUUCCUUUCUUCAGCUGGAGGCGUGCGGCCGACUCCUGUGCUGCGUGCAGAGGCUCUGCAGAAGCGGAAGUGCAACCGACGAGCCCGCCGAGCAUCGGCUCAACGCUCGCGGUCGGCGAGGAGCGAAAGCGGAGCCCGAGCUGGUGGAUGGUCAGGGUCCUUCGGGCCCGGAGGAUGGAAUGCUCGCUAUGCCCGUCAGCCCGAGUCCCGCGUCCACCUCGUCGCAGGAGGACGCCUGCAAACCGCCGCCGCGCAACUGCUACCGUCUCGUUAUGCUCGGCAGUGCCCGCGUUGGAAAGACCGCCAUUGUAGCACGGUUUUUGUUCAACAAAUUUGAAGAGAGCUACACCCCCACGAUAGAAGAUUUUCACAGGAAACUCUACAGGAUUAGAGGCGAGAUUCAUCAGCUUGAUCUUCUAGAUACAAGCGGAAACCAUCCGUUUCCGGCGAUGCGACGAUUGUCUUUCCUCACGGGGGACCUCUUCGUCGUGGUGUUCAGCAUGGACUGUCGGGAGUCCUUCGAGGAGGCUAUCAGGCUGAGAGAGGCGAUUCUCGAGACCAAAGUGAGCGCGACCCAAAGUGCUACGAAGAGCAGACGGGCUCACUACAGUCUGAAGGUCCCUAUGGUCAUCGUGGGGAACAAAUGUGAUAAAGAUGUAAAAACGGUCACGGUUGAGGAGGCCGAGCAAUAUUGCGUGAGCCAGGACGAGUGCUGCAUCUUCGUGGAGGCUUCCGCGAAAAGAAAUUAUCACGUGGACGAACUUUUUUAUCAGUUAUUCGUAGUGGCCGGUCUACCUCUGGAGAUGGCUCCGAAUCAUCAUAGAAAGGUACCGCUCACCUUUGGCUCGCCGACCAUGUUGCCGCCGUCGCAGCCGCGACACAAAGCCACCCUCAGUAUAAAGCGUCGAUUGAGCGACGCUUGCGGCGUCGUGGCGCCAAACGUGCGCCGUCCUAGUAUAAGGACGGACUUAAUGAUCAUGCGGACGAAGACGUGUUCGCUCGCGGCCGGGAACGAGAACAAUACGCCAGGAUCCAGGAUCACCCUUAGAACCGGAAGAACGGAGUCCAGGAAGGCCUGCUCGAUACAGUGAUAAUGCAAAUGACUCUCAUGCACGCGGACAAAUCUCUAAAAAUAUGAUGACGCAACUUGAGAGCGAUCUUCGGAAACGAGUAUUAAUAUUUAUAUAAUAACGCAUUUGCAUCUCUGUCUCGUUAUACUUUUAUUUUACUACGACCAUUGUAUAAGGUGUUCUAUUUUUGUUUUUAUAUUAUUUUAUUGUAAUUGACGCUUACUGUCGUAAUUUAAUCUUUUUCUAUAUACAUUUUCUAUAGUGAGAAAAAUAGAGAUAACUGAAUAGAGACAACUUUGUCUAAUAGAAACUUUACAUACACCGUGCAAAUCACGGUGCGAUUGAAACUUUUAGGUUUACAAUUUGUUAGACUGCGAAUACGGAUACGAAGCGUGUACUCGCGAAUGAAGAUCGCCAAAGGGAAAUUAUAUUUAAACCGACCACGCUACUCGCCUUAAUUAAUUAAUGGAAUAUAGCUUUAGCGUAAUGUCCCGAAGGUAACAUGUAUAAUUAACUUAAGACCGAGCGAGAGAAAGAGACAGAGACAGAGAGACAGAGAGAGGUAAGCCGUUACGUUAAUUAAUCGUUGUCGAUCAAACAUUAAACGGGAAAUCGAUACCUAACGAAUUACUAAGGACUAACGACUAAGGACGAGGAGAUCGUUUGACAUUCGAUCGAGGGUUCUCCAAUAGCAGCAAGAUGAUUGAGUCGCACGAAAGAGAGCGUGUAUUCUUCCUUGUUAGGUACAAAUUUUUAUCGAUACUAUUCUCAACAAAGAAUCUUCGCGAAAGAAUAGAUCAAUUUGCGCGAUCGUGAGUGAGAGGUGUCGAGAAGUGUCAGCGUUGUAUCAGUAAUAAGAGAGAGAGAGAGAUUGCAAAACGUAGUGAGAAAGCUUUUUACUGGAUUAGUUAACUGCGCCCAUCGUAGCCUUACUCGAGCUCCGACACGCGAAGGAGCGACGUUUAUACUUCCGCAUGAGAUCUAGAGUGUUGUAAUUCCAUUAAUAGCACUUGAUUCGAGGAAAUGAAUAUUUGACCGUAGCGCCAUUCCUACCGCUGAAUCUUCCGCGCAUACGUGAAUGUAUUAUUAAUCCUUUCGCUACGGAUAAAUAAGUAUUCCUCAAAUUAAUCUUAUUACUUUUACGGCACAUCACGCGUCCAGUUUGGUACUCGGUUUGCCGCUUUUGCCGCGCGCAAGACCACCUUGUUAAUGACGAGACUCGUGUUACAUGUACCACAUGCGUACGAAAUCAAUCGAUAUUUCCGUAUAUCGGUUUCCUUUCCACGCAUCUCAAACUUUGUUGAAAUGCAGCGGGCGAGAGCGCGCAGAAUUAUCGCCUCGUCAAGUCGCGUGUGCAUGCAGUUUAAAUGUAAUCAGAUUAAAAAAUACGUAUAUAUAAUUUUAAAUCCGAAAACUCCGUGCCCGAUGUUGAUAGCGAAGGAUUAUAUUUGUAAAUCUUCUUUGCGCAGUUUUAGCUUUUCUUCUAUAAAAUUACAUGACGUCGGGAAAAAAGGGUAAGUAUAUUUAUCCAACACAAGCGGAGGUUACUCAACGAACAAGAUGUUGAAAUUUUGUGAAAUUUAUCCGUCUCGGUUUACAGAGAUAUACCUUUCCUACAUACGGCUCAUCCGAUAAAUUUCUCGAACGAUAAAAUAUUAUAGGCACGUAGAUCUCUCUUUUGUGUGUGUGUGUAUGUGUGUGUACGUGUGUGGGUGUGUAUGCGUGUGUAUGUGAGUGUUCGAGAUGUGGAUUAAGCAUUCUUUCUUUUCCCAUAGACUCGGCUACAGUUAAUCUCUAAGGUACAAUCGAUUUGACCAAUUAGGCAGCUCGUAAAUCGCCCCCGAAAACAAGCGCGAAGCUUCGUUCGGUGGAGUUACAUCGCUGCGAGUGGUAAAGAUAAGCAAAAGAAUAAAAAAAAAAGAUUAGUCGCGGCAUGCACAAUCAUGUUCGCAUUUUGUAUCGAAUAAAUGACAUUUUCUCCACGA